UGUGUAUGUGGGUAAGGCUUAUUUUAAGUGAGCAUUUAUAUAAACGUUAAGUGUUUUCAAUUUGCUAUCAAGGUGAUAUUUUCUCAUCAUCACUUACACCACAUGAUUUGUCAACUAUGUGAUUGGUAAAUUUCUAGGUCGAAUAAUAUUUUUUUGUCCACUCAGAAUAGCACGAAUGCGAAAUAUUCAUUAAAUAUCUACACAAACACAUUGGUAUACAGAAAUUCGGUGCCGAAACCACUUGUUCUUGUUGUUGUUUGUUUUGUUUCUCGUCUCUCUCUCUUUUUGAAUAGUUCGAUAUCUUUUUUAUCUGCUUCUUGAGUGUUAAUUCAACUGGUGUGGAAUAACUCGUCGUACAACAAUAAAUUGAUUUCUCAAAGGGAAUUCCAAUCAUUUCAGAAACAGAGUAGAUCAACAAUAUACAGUAACUACUGUUAAAGUAAAAGAAGAAAUUAUAAUUCUUAAACUGACGGAAUACUUGAAAUUGCAAUGCGUACCGGUCAAGGCAAAGAAGUCAUAUCUAUGCGUGUCAUGAUUCGCAAAUAUGUGAAGUUGGAUCCCGAUGAUGAAUUCAGUUCAGCUACAUUGAUUAAAAGACACGGGGAACAAUUAAAAAAUAAGCAUAAAUCAUCAAAAUGGUGUCGGCUGCAUAUAACAAAUGAUGAAUUAUGGUUAUCUGGGGGUUAUUGGUGGCCUAAUUCAAUCCUUAACGGGAUACAUUUAAGUGAAAUCAACUGUCUAGUAACAUUCUAUUCUACACCAAAUCUUUUAGCCUUAGGCAUUGCUUCACGUUUAUAUGAUUCAGAAAAGGAGUAUGUCCUACUCUGUACAAAAAGUGGUACAGAUAGAGAUCACCUGGUGAAAACACUAACAACUCUUUGUGGAAAUCGAUAUAAACAAACGGAAAAGAAAUUCAAUAUACCAAUUGUUGGACCACCUGUGAAUAUUGUUGAAAUCUCAUUAUCACCAGAAAUAAAACAUUCAUUGAAUUCAGAAAGAUCAGUUGACACCAUUCAAGACUCCUGUUCACAUUCAACUACAUGUAAUCAUCAUUCAGAUGUUUGCGGACAAGAGACAAUAGUUAACAUUGAAAAGCCUAUUUCAUCAGUUUAUAUUCAACCAUCCACGACAACAUUUGAAAAUACUACUAAAACUACAGUUGAUGAAAGUAUCAGUGUGGAUAUGUGUUGUAAUGAUGAUCAAUCGUUUACAAAACUAUCCUUACAAAAACCUCAACAUGAAAUUCAAUGGAAGUCAACAGAAAGUGUAAGACCGUGUCGAUUGAAACGUUUUCUCUCACCGUAUUAUGAAGGACUUGAGUCUGGUUUAAAUCCAAAAGAUUUAAUACAUGUUUAUUAUGAUCCAAAACAAGGAAAUGUUAUCACACAAGAUGGACCUAUAUACUUAUACUGUGUCAAUUGUCCUAGUGAGUGAAUGAAUAAUACGGAAGAACAAGAACAAGAAUAAUGUAUGCUUAUGAUUACUACUCACAUUAUUAUUAUUAUUAUUGUUUAUUGACUCUUGUCAUAAUAUUGACUAUCGAUAACACUUAGAAGAUUCAUAUAAACUAUUUACAUUGUCAUAUUUCUAUCCAACUCUACAGUUGUUGUUGUCGUUGCUUGUCACUAUGGUAACAAUGGUUUACCUGAAACCGUUUAUUUAUUUACUUCUGUGUUACAUAACUGUGUAAUCUCCCGAGUUUGAAUAGACUAGAAACUACAACAACAAAAAGUGUUUUAUGAUGUAAAAUAGGAUGUAUUUAUACCUUUAUUACUACUAUUAUUAUUAUUCAGAAAUAUUAUGGGG